GUUUCCUGUUUAGUGGUCACAUCACAUACCACAUCAUAUAUAUAGAUUCAUUGAACAAGGCUGGCCGGCUAGCCACGUGGCUGAGAAUUUGCUCUAUGGAGUUCCUUGAAAGCGAUGUGUGGAAGUCAGUACUGAGCAGUCAUGAGGAAGACCUACAGACUGUUAUUUCUGCCAGUAUUUUGCAGUCUAAUGACCCCAAUCUUCAGGGGUUCCUCCUGUCUUGGGGGGCGGGGCUGCUUGAUCUCUUUUGUCGGCUCAACUGGACUGGCCCACCUUUGACCUCUGACGGAGAGACAACACUUGCAGAACUCUCUAGGUUCAACAAUAAAAGUUUGGACAUCCUUUCGUGGGACAGUGAGACUUCCUACCAUCUUUCUCAAUGUCCCACGCUGCUUGUCUUAUCCCACCUGUUGUUGGAUAAAUGGGCGGAGCUAGUUGGAGGUAAGAAAGGUGAAGAAGUGUUUGCUGGCGAGAGGUGGAGGGUCAGGUGCUUGUUCAUUCAGCAAAGGUUGCUGAGUCAGCGUUCGGAAUCACUCUGGAAGAGAAUAUCGCAAAGUAUUGAUGAACACAUUUUACCUGAACUGGAGGGGAAGAAUUUGCCAACGAGUGACCUGAUUGAACUGUACCUGGAGCUGGGUCACAUGUAUCUCUACUAUUCCGACUUAAACCAUGCCCAGGAGUUCUUCAAAAGAGCACUAGAUUUAUUUGGAAUGGAAACAGAUCUCUCGGGUUCCCUUGGCAAAAGGACUAAGUUUCAGCAAAAGGACAUCGCUCAGUUGAUACUUCAAGUCACCAUCAGCGACAAUAAAACCAUUCCCACUGCCCCACCCACCAACACCCAAACUACAUCCUCCCACUCCACACCCUCACAAGCCUCACUGCCCCAAGACGUAGCACUCGGUGACGAUACACUGCUGGAUAAUAUAGAGUUUGUGGACCAGCCCUCUCAGCCGCAGCUCUCUCACCUACAGCAAGCCGUUGUGUUGGGGGAAUGUUUGCUGCGUCAGAAAUCAAUGGCCAGGCAAAGAUUGACCAAUGAAGAAUUGGGAGCAUACAUUAGGUGCGUCCUCUCCCACCCGUCCUGCUGGGUAGUUCAGUUCCGAGCCCUCUACACUCGCAGUCUGCUGGAGAAGACCCUGAGGCGUAAGGUGGAGAGGGCCAUGAUGCAGCUGCAGUAUCUGGUGGACUAUGUCGGAAAGGGGAGUGGUGCGGGUGUAGAACGUAUGUUUCUGUUCUACUGUGUACCCAUGCCACCAAGAUGGAUCUUAGAGCGCCAGCUGGCCCAGGUCCUGGUGUCCCUCGGCUCUCACCACAGUGCCCUGGAGAUCUACGAGCGUCUCCAACUCUGGGAGGACAUCAUUACCUGUUACCAGGCAACCGGCAGGAAAGGACGAGCGGAGGAAAUUGUCAGAGAGAAACUCCAAGAAAAGGAAACGCCCACCAUGCUGUGUCUCCUUGGUGACCUAACAAAUGACCCCCAGCAUUACAAACGAGCGUGGGAGGUGUCUAAUAAUCACAGUGCACGUGCUCAGAGGGCCCUGGGGCUGUAUCACCUGAGGAGAGAGGAGUAUCACGAGUGCAUAGAGAGUUUGCAGCUGUCAUUGAAAGUCAACGCAAUGCAGGAUGGGCUGUGGUUCAGUCUUGGUUGUGCUGCCUCCAAGGUUGGGGACGUGGACCUCGAGGUAAAGGCUUUCCAUCGAAGUGUCACUCUGGAGCCAGACUUUCCCGAGGCCUGGAGCAACUUGGGAUCUGCUUAUCUCAAGAAGAAAGAAACAGUGAAGGCAUAUCAUGUGUACAAGGAGGCGGUCAAGUACGGCUACAGCAAUUGGAACAUAUGGGACAACUUUCUGGUGGUGUGUGCCGAGGUGGGUGCAUUUGGAGACGCCAUCAGAGCAUAUCAUCGUCUCAUGGAUCUGAGGGACAAGUAUGUUGACGUGGGCGUGCUCAGAGUCUUGGUGACAGCUGUCAACGACAACCUUCCGGACUUCAAGAAGCAACCAGCUGAUUUACUCCGAGGCAAGUUGGGGGAGCUCCUCGGUCGACUGUGUGCCAGCACCACCGUCGGGUGUGAGGUGUGGCAUCUCUACGCUACCUACCACUUUGCCAGCGACGACCCACUCAACCAAGAGAAGGGGCUGAUAGAGAUGCAGAAGGCUCAGCGAGCAGUAAGACAGGAGGCGGACUGGGACAAAGACGAACAGAAAUUGGGGAGGGUGGUCCAAUUCACUAUUGACUAUUGUCAAGCUUGUCGACGUGUUAGUGCUCUAAGAGGUUCUGACCAGCGUAAGCUAUCUCUCUCAAACCUCUCAUCAGCUAAGCUAGUGCUUCAGUCACUGCUAUCUAAGGCAAAGGGAUUUGGACUAACAGAGGUCACAAGUGUGCAGCUGAUAAUUGAACACUUAGAGAAUGAACUGAAAUCAGUACUCUCAUCAAUGACUGAGCUAGAUGUGAACUCUUAAGACCAUAACAUUUUUGUGUGCUCUCAUGUGGAAUUUUUGGCAUUGCCUUAAGUUGUCAUUUGCUAAUGUAAAUAGAGAGUUGUGGGUGUUUGAUUGAUUG